AUGGGUGACCUCGUAGACUCGAUGCUCGACCUUAUGCGUCGUCUUCCCCCCAUACAUGUGGAGGAGAACGUCGCGUCGCUGGUGGCCAUGUGCCCAGACUAUGCGGACGACCUCUUGGGGAGCGUAGACCAGCCGCUCAAGGUCAUGACUGAUCGUGCAACUGGGAAGGAGUACCUUGCUUGCGACUACAACCGAGAUGGCGAUAGCUAUAGGUCACCAUGGUCGAAUGAGUACGACCCGCCCCUAGAGGACGGAACGGUUCCUACCCCAAAGUUGCGCAAACUCGAGAUCACCGCGAAUGAGGCAUUCGACACCUACCGUGAAAUGUACUACGAGGGCGGUGUCUCCUCCGUGUUUCUUUGGGACCUCGACGACGGUGGCUUUGCCGGAGUCGUCCUACUCAAGAAGAUCCUUAACGCCUCGGCCCCGGGCGAGCCCUCCGGCUCCUGGGACUCCAUCCACGUCUUCGAGGCGGCCGAGCGCGGGCGGCAAGCACACUACAAGCUCACCUCCACGAUCAUGCUGCAGAUGGUCGACCGCGCCUCCGGGACAAAGGACGACCAGCGCGAGGGCGCUGGCGACGCGAAGCGCGAGGGCGAGGUCACGCUGAGCGGGAGCAUGACGCGCCAGACCGAGCAGGACUUCCCGCUGCAGGAGCAGGCGUCGCACAUCUCGAACACGGGCCGCAUGAUCGAGGAGAUGGAGAUCAAGAUGCGCAACUUGCUACAGGAGGUGUACUUCGGGAAGACGCGCGACGUGGUCUUCGACCUGCGCAGCAUCGACGACCUCGAGAAGGCGCGCAGACAGCGCGAGCUGCAGAAGGAGCUCGUGGGCUUCAUUAAACGGUGA